GGAAUAACGAAUACGGCAACAUGGAGAGACCGGCCCAUGACGGCGACGACCCGACAAGCGCUCCGCCGGCGCCCGCGGUCCUCCGCGUCUCCGUGGUCAACGCCAUGGAUGGCAUGCAGUAUGACGUCGACCUUAGCAGCAGAGCGACGGGCAACGUCCUGCGCCAGGAGCUGCUGGUCGCGACGGGCAUCCCGACCGACGAGCAGAUCCUGCUUUACGGUCCGCCCUACACACGCUUGGACCCGAAGAAGACGAUCGAGUCGUACCAAUUUCACACAUCCCAGAAGGCCGUCUUUGUCUACGACCGGCGCACGCUCUCGCAAGAGACAUUGGCCAUCGCACCGACCGUGCUGCAGCCACAGCACUACGAAGUACCAUCCCUCUCCCCGUCGUCGGCGCCGGCCGCGCGGCCCUUGUACGAGUCGUCGAGCCCGCUUUUGAAAGCCUUGUACGACUACGAGGUGCAGUUCAAGGCUGUCGCGAUGAUGGGCCAAACGCUCGACACCGUCGCACAGGCGCGCCUUGAUGCAUGUGACACGUGCUUGGCGCAGCAGCGGGCACAAGCAUCCGCGAUCCAAGCCGCCAUGGCCAACCUCGAUACCUUUCACAUGUCCUACUUGCAUCUCGCAUCUUCCAUCUCACGCAUCGUCUCGACUAGUGCCAUGACACAGCACUUUCAGCCGUUCUGGAAGGACUUUCGCAGCACGAGCGAGCACCACGAAGAGCUCCUGACACACCUCGAGGCGUACAUUGGUCGCCUCGAAACGAUCCCACUCCACCCGGCGCUGCAGACGCCACCUCACCGCACGACCCUCUACGACUGCAUUCCGCUCGAGCGCGUCCGGGACUGGCGCACGCAAUGCGAGCAGUCGCACACGCACCUGCAAGCCAAGAUGGAGGCGCUCGCCGCCGCGUACCACGCCCUCACCGAAAGCAUCCGCGUCGGCCUCACGUCGAGCACCCAGUCGGCGCGGCCAGCGCCGGACCUGCUACGGCAGCGCGAUGUGCUCUACGCCAAAGUGGUCUCGUCGACCGACCACAUGAACGUCAAGAGCAUCGUGGCGACUCUGCAGACCAACUACGAGACGGUCGUCCAGCGCGUGGCCGAGACCGUGCCGCAAAACGUGCUGCCGGAAGCGACGGCGACGAGCAGCAGCAGCAUGACGACCAGCUACAUGUUUGCGUCGGCCACAGUCCUCGAAGCGUUUCGCGGUCUCGACGAGAUGCAGCGGGACCAAGCGGCGCUGCUGCCGCAUAUCCACCAGGUGGUCGACGACGAGCUCAAGACGUUUAUGCUUGCAGUCGCCGAGAGCAAGGACAGCAUGAGUGCGGCCGUGCACACCCAAUUGCGCUGGGUGUCCCGCGUCCAGUCGGAGAUUCGCGACUUUGAACAGACGCUGAGCUUGCUCAAGGACGCUCUGGCUGUGCAGAAGCGGCAGUUUGCCGAGCUCAACCACGUGGCCAAGCUGCCAGAGGCCUACGACGCGUGCCUUCAGGAGAUUGUUCGUCGACGCUCGUACGGGCGCGAGUUUACGUGGAAGAUCCAGAGUAUGGGCGAGAAGCUCGCACAGAUGCGCGAAGAUGAAGUGCUCUUGCGCGACGCGUUUCUCAAAGAGUUUGGGCAGCAUCUCCCGCGCGACUUUGUGCCCGGGCUUGUCGAGAAGCCGUCCCACUGCGAUAUCCGCAUGCGGCCAUUCGACACGGCACUGCCGGCCAUUGAUGCGCCGUCGCCGGCCCCGUUUGAGAUGGAGCAGCGUGAACUCGAUGUGCUUCGCAACCGCUGCAAGGAGCUCGAAGGGCGGGUCGACGAGCUGCAGACCGAACUCGACGACCAGAAGAAGGCGUCGUGCCAUUGCAGCUCGUUCUCGAACGCAUCGAGCAUGAGCUGCAGCGCCGAGAAGGGCCCCAACUUUCCAUUGGUGCUUGCCCUCGCGGCGACGGCCGGCCACCCCGCGGGAAUGGCCAACUCGUCCGAGCUCCUCGACAAGACUGCGCGCCUCGAAGGCAUGCUGGACGAGCGCAACACGAUGGUCGCGUCGCUCGAAGCCCGCAUUGCGUCGCAGGACGAAGCGCUCUUGCGCGUCAAUGACGAGUGCGAAGGCGCCAAGAACGACCUCGCACACGCCCAGUUCCUCCUCGGGUCGCAGCGCUCGGCGCUCAAGCAGAUCUGGAACCUGGUGGGCAUGGACGAGGCGACGUUGGAGAUGCAGACAGUCGACGGACUCCAAAAAGGGUUGGACGCUUUCGAAGACAUGUGGCUGGCCAAGCAGCAGCAACUGCACGUGUCGACGACCGCGGCGCCGAGUGACAAGGCGAUCGCCAGCGACGACAUUGUGUCCAAGAUCGCGUUCCGGUCGUUUAGCUAUGACGACCUCGCGCUCUUUUUGCCGACGUUUGCGCCGAGUGACGCGGGCGCGGCCAAGAUCUACCUCGCGUUCCACCUCGGGUGCCCGAACCGGUUCCUCUCGGACGAGUCGAUUGCGAUGUUUCACCAAGCCCAAAACAGAUACCCCGAGUACAUUUUGGGCCGCAUCGUCUUUAUCGACGAGCGCGAGGCGACCGAACGCGACAACCCGUACCGCCUCAUCCUUGGCACGACCUUUUAUGUAUUGACCGUCACAUGCUUGGUCGACUACUAACGCUCCGGCGGUGUGACGUUUUCCAUCGAUUGGGCUAUGAAAUGAGACACAAUAUUGUCGUGUGCUGCUUGUACGAUACCUCACCGCAGGACGUCGCAGCCUGCGACGCUGUGCCUGCCUCUGCAAAGCUACUGCUGGGUGCCUGCCUGUGUAAUGCAACUGCCUACGGAGCGGGCGACUAGAGUUGUCGGUAUGGAGCUGAAGUUGCGCACUAGGUUCUC